AUGAAAACUUGGCUCUGGAUAAGCUGGCUUUUCAUUUUUAAGUGCGUGAGCACAGCAGAUCGAAACUUUCGCAUCUCCUUUGACGAUGUCAACAUUAAGAUUUUUAAUUCAGACCUAAUCGAAAAGUUCGAUUGCCAGGUGCUACAAAUGGACAAUAAGAGCUAUGUUAAUUGCCAAGUGCUGGUGAAAACAUAUGUUGGUCAGAUGAAGGCACGUUCUACCUUGGACUUUUGGAAACCAAACGGUCAGGCUAUGAAGCUGUUUGAUGUCCAGUUGGAUGCAUGCCUCUUCAUAGGAAGCGUUCAUAAGAACAGGUUUUUUAAUAUUUUCGCAAAAGCCCUAAAAAAAUUUUCAAACCUUAAGUGUCCUCUGAAACCGAAUUUCACUUACACCUUAAAAAAUCUAUAUUUGGAUGAAAACGACUUUCCCGCAUUUGUUCCUAUUGGAAGAUUCCGAAGCCAGACCGAGUUUUACAUCAACGAAAGUACAGGCAGGGCCACUCGAGUUGUUGUUAAUGGAAAGAUUCUACCAAGGCGUUCUACUACCUUAUAA